AGUAUGCCACUCACUAUCCACAUCUAUUUAUUGAGCCACGCCACGCCACGCCACGCCAAAGGUUAUCUUUCUAUACAGUGAGAGAGAGCGAGAGAGGAUUGCUACGGACGGUGAAAUGGCUAUGACCGACGACGGAGCAACCAAGGUCACGGCGGCGCCGCUGCGCCCGACCAUCACACUCCCGCCUCGGUCCUCCGUGGAGACGCUCUUCUCCGGCGGAGCAGGGUUCAGUCCCGGUCCCAUGACCCUGGUCUCCAGCUUCUUCUCCGACAACUGCCCUGGCUCCGACUGUCGCUCCUUCUCUCAGCUACUUUCCGGGGCCAUGGCCUCGCCGAGCCCCAAGUUCCCGAGCUUUCUGGCCGAUAAUUCGUACAAGGAAGGGGCUUCGGGGGAUGGAGGUGACCGGGACCUAGGGUUUAGGCAGAAUCGCCCGGUGAGUUUGGUGGUCGCUCACUCUCCUAUGUUCAUGAUUCCUCCGGGGUUGAGUCCUUCUGGAUUGCUUAAUUCUCCGGGUUUCUUCUCGCCUCUUCAGAGUCCCUUUGGAAUGACACAUCAACAGGCCUUGGCACAAGUUACGGCUCAGGCUGCAUUAUCUCAGUCUUAUAUGCAUAUCCAGGAUGAGUGUCAACCUUCUGCAGCAACAGCUUCUGCAGAAUCUUUGACCCACCACCAACCGUCUGCUUCCAAUACAACAAUGUCACAACAGAUAUGCCCUGUGAUAUCAGAGCCUGAAAAUUUGAGAAUGGAAUCGUCAGGGGCUUCUCAAUCUGAGAGGAAAUCUUUACCACCUCCUGCUACUGUUGACAAACCUGGAAAUGAUGGUUACAACUGGCGCAAAUAUGGGCAGAAACAGGUCAAGGCAAGUGAAUAUCCUCGAAGCUACUAUAGAUGUACACAUCUGAAUUGUCCUGUUAAGAAGAAGGUUGAACGUAAUCUAGAUGGACAGAUAAUUGAAAUUAUCUACAAAGGCCAGCACGAUCAUGAACUCCCACAGUCUAAUAAACGUGCAAAAGAUAGUAUUGAUGUGAACCCAAUUAUGGAUUCUCAAGCAGGGGCUGAGCUUAGUUUGCAGGGUGAGACAGAAAUGAACAGGUCAAAUGAAACUUCACAUUCACAUUUGGAGAGAGACCGAUCUUGUACCCAGUUGAUACCCAUUCAGUUACCGGGAUCAAGUGAUUUUUCAGAGAUUGGUGACGUUGAAGCAAGACCAGAUGAGAGCAAUGACGAUGAACCAAAUUCCAAGAGAAGGAACACAGAGGUUGGGAAAUCUGAGCCAACUUCAUCACACAGAACUGUGACAGAACCCAGAAUCGUUGUGCAGACAAGGAGUGAAGUUGACCUUUUAGAUGACGGGUACAAGUGGAGAAAAUAUGGGCAGAAAGUUGUCAAGGGAAAUCUUCACCCAAGGAGUUACUAUAAAUGCACGACUGUUGGAUGCAACGUUCGUAAGCAUGUUGAGAGGGCUUCGACAGACCCCAAAGCCGUUGUAACCACAUACGAAGGAAAGCAUAAUCACGACAUCCCCGCGGCUAGAAGGAGCAGUCACAGCACAGCAAACAACAGCACGUUGCAGCUAAAAGCACAAAAGAUAGUGGCUAAGAAGCCCGCUGCUCUGAUUGAAGUUGAAGGAAUGGAUUUUGGAAACUCAGAUCAAAGGCCAGCUCUAUUACAGCUAAAAGAAGAGCAAAUCAGAGCAUAACCUUUUUUUUUUUUUUUUCUCUGGAGAAAUCGAAGCUGAGGCGAAAGGAGAGAGAUGGAUCUCACGUAGGAUUGCUGCCUGUACAGUUUGGAAAUUCUCUUGCUUGUCUUCUGUAUUAUGGCAAAAUAACAGAUGGGAUGUAUCAGUAGUAAUGUGUUAUGCUAUUUUGAUCAUAUUCUGCUGCAGUGUGAUGUAAAUACUGUCGUUUAGUUGUAUCCGACCCAACCGCAGGGCUAUGUUGUAUUGUAAUUUUUGGCUUUGGCAUCAUGAAUUUAAAAUAUAUAAAGCUAAAGUUUGCUAAUUUGUUUAUUGCUAA